CAAGAUCCAAAGUCUGCGCCUUAAUCUAGAGGCGGCAGAGACAGAGAUAGACCUUUGCAUCGUGCUUCAUCAUCACGGCUCUGAUCGACAUGCCUCUCCUGCUCCUCCCUCACUCUGUUACAGAGGGUCAGCCGGGGGGGAAGAAGCAGCAUUAAGAAUAUUCUCAAUGAACAGCAAUAACCCAGCGGGCUGCUGCCUCCGGAGAGCACAGGGCGGACUCCUUUUUCGCUGCGCCUAUCAACUUUCAUACAAGAUUUGAGAGACUGUUAAGUUGAAAGCAAUUACCAGCUGGACUAAAAGCUUAGCGUUACUUUUAGUUAACGGGAAACAGGGCUCCCCAUACUAAGAGAGAGCGAUGUCCUGGAUGUGAGGUCGGUUCCUCUUGUAAUUUCCGUAUAUAGCUAUUUCGUAUAAUAAAAGUGGGAGAUGGCGACGUUUCACGUGGAGCCGGACAGCAAGCCCUGUUGAAAACUGCGCCAUGCUUCAUUUUCACACUUUUUCCUGCUUAAUCAUGUCUGAACUGAAGUGAAACUUAACUAACGGUGUAAUUUUGGAUUUCGGCAAGCAAUCGGCACAUUUUCAGUUUCUGUUCACAUUUCACCCGAAGCGCCGGGAAAAUGACUUCAGUCUGGAAGAGGCUGCAGCGCGUCGGCAAGAAGGCGUCAAAGUUUCAGUUCGUGGCGUCUUACCAGGAGCUGGUGGUCGAGUGCACCAAGAAGUGGCAGCCGGACAAGCUGAGGGUGGUGUGGACCAGGAGAAACAGACGCAUCUGUUCAAAGCUCCAUGGAUGGCAGCCUGGCAUUAAGAACCCCUACAGGGGCAUGGUGGUGUGGCCCGUUCCGGAAAACGUGGAUAUCACAGUCACGCUCUUCAAGGACCCCCACGCUGAUCAGUUUGAAGACAAGGCCUGGACAUUCGUCAUCGAGAACGAGACGAAGGGCCACCGCAAGGUGCUGGCAUCGGUGGACGUGAACAUGAAGGAGUUUGCGAGCCCCACACUCACCCAGACAGACCUGACGCUAAAGCUGAAGCCGCUGUCGGUGAAGGUGGUGGAGGCCACGCUGAAGCUGUCCCUGUCCUGUGUGUUCCUGCGCGAGGGCAAGGCUACGGACGAGGACAUGCAGAGCCUGGCCAGCCUGAUGAGCGUGAAGCCCACAGACAUUGGGAACCUGGAUGAUUUCAAUGAGAGCGACGAGGAGGAGGACAGGAAGCCUGGAGCCGGGGUGGGCACGGCCACUCCGCCGGCAGCUCCUCUACCCCCGGCUAGACGAUCUCGAGAGCAGGAGUCAAGACCUCCGGGUAUGAUGGACCCGUCCCUGAUAGCCCCUCACUCAUCUCCUGGGCAGAAGGAUCAGCCCGGCAUUGAAAUUGGCCCCUUGCUGGCCGGCUCGGUGCCUAAUUGCUCGCUUCAGUCAAGACCCCCCCUGCCCAGGCCCCCAAAUCCGGCCCCCCCACCCAUCCCAGCUGCCCGCACGCGACACACCCAUGUGGCUGCCGCUGCCCAGCAGCCAGCACGCCUUCACCCCCCCGCCGGGGUAGUACGCGCCCACCCUCCAGCUCUGCCCAGAAUCUUCCAGUCAUCAGCUGGCUCAGUGCCCAUCACCUUUUCACGGGACCCCCCGGGGCCCCAGGACCACCCUGCUGUAUAUACGAUGGCCCCCUCUGGCAUGGUUAUUCCUCAAACACCUGCACCCACUUCCUCUGAGCCUCCCUCCUCCUUUUCCCCCACCUCCACUUGUUCCCCAAGCCUCCAAGCUGGAGGUACAGAGUCCAUCCCAGCUACCCCUUCGAAUGUCUGCAGGCCUAAACGCGCUAUUGCCGCUGAUGCAGCACCCACCCCUGUAGACCCCACUGCCCACAGCGCUCCCCAGCUCAUGGAAGACCCGGCUUCCAUCCCAGAGCCUGCGUCUGUCAGUGGCCCCCCCACAGUGACAGUCUCUCUUCCACCUUUCACUUCUCCCUCUGUCCCCUCACACCCCCUGCUCUCAGCAGUGUCCCCAGCUGCCUGGCAGAAUGACCCAAGGACGCCCGGACCCGGCACCGCCCCCCCGUCUGAUCCCUCCCCAUUCCCCGUCCCCCUGCAAAGCAAACCGAACCUGGAGGCCCUGUGUGACCCGGCCUUGACCCCAUUCCUUUUGUCUACCCUGUCCCUCCCCUCGCCUCCCCCCGCUUUCUCUGACCCCCCUUCUGUCUUGUUGCCCAGCCUUCUUCCGGCGGUAGCCACAGAACUCGCCCCCUGCUCCGCCCCAGAGUCCUCCUCCUUCUCCACCCCAAAGCCCGCCCCCUGCUCCACCCCAGAGUCCUCCUCCUUCUCUGCCCCAGAGCCUGCUCCCUUCUCCACCCCAAAGCCCGUCCCCUGCUCCGCCCCAGAGUCCUCCUCCUUCCCUGCCCCAGAGUCCUCCUCCUUCACCGCCCCAGAGCCUGCUCCCUUCUCCACCCCAAAGCCCGCCCCCUGCUCCGCCCCAGAGUCCUCCUCCUUCUCCGCCCCAGAGCCUGCUCCCUUCUCCACCCCAAAGCCUGUCCCCUGCUCCGCCCCAGAGUCCUCCUCCUUCCCUGCCCCAGAGUCCUCCUCCUUUUCCACCCCAGAGUCCUCCUCCUUUUCCGCCCCAGAGUCCUCCGCCUUCCCCGCCCCAGAGUCCUCCUCCUUCUCCGCCCCAGAGUCCUCCUUCUUCACCGCCCCAGAGCCUGCUCCCAUCUCCACCCCAAAGCCUGCCCCCUGCUCCGCCCUUUUCCCUGCUCUGCCAAUUCACUCUGAGUCAGCAUCUGCCCUGCGGAUCAGACUUAGCACUGUCCCCUCCUCCGUGCCCCCGCCUGCCCUCUCCCUUUUGACCAGCCUGCCUUCCCCCCAAGUCCCAGAGAGUCACAGGCAGCUGAACACGCUGACUGAGGAGGGGGUCCCCUCACCUUUAACUGUCUGCCCAACGGUCCUGGAGGAGCCGACUUCCCCCAUGAAAACAACACCCAAGCCCCUGAACAUCAGCCGGAAGGAAGACACCCCACGCUCCUCUCGCAGUGCCGGGAGUAUCAGCAUCGCCAAUCAGAUUCUGGCCCCCGCUACUCUCAGUCCAGCACCGGUUACUAUGGGAACAGCCAGUCCUGAAAGUCUGGCCAGUCUUCCUCCUUCUUACUCAGCAGUAGCCAGAGAUCCUGACUCUUUCUCCGGGUGGGAUGAGACUGUUGUAGAAGAGAAGUUGGUAGAAACUCUUCCUCCCCCCUGGCCCUUCUUCUCCUCGGAGCCCCAGGCAGAGGAAUCAUACACUCCCACCCAAGAACUUCCCGCCAAAAUCAAUGAACUUCUUGUGGAGGAAAAACCUCCUUCAGUCGAGGGAGAAACUAGUUGUCGGGUGACGACUGAGAAUGAGCCAACCAUCUUUCCUCCUGGCACGUCUCGACCAUCUCAAGAAGAGGCAGCAGAGGCAGAAAAGCUACCCCUGGCUGAACUAGAGCCCAACCUUGAGGAGACCUCUGUCCAGGUGCCCCAUCUCUCAGCUCAACAACCAGCCACAGCUGUAAUAGUCCCAGACAGCUUGUGUUUAGAGGUGAAAACCAGUGUGAAAGAAGAAUCAAGCUUGGUGCCUAAAACUGAAGCGUCACAGGAGCCCAGUGAGGGAGCCCUAGGCGGGGGACCAGAGUGUGUGACUCUGCCAGUCAAAGAGGUAAUGGACUCAGACAUACAUGCUACCCCGAGCAGCCGAGAGGCCAAGCUGUCCUCUUUCUCUCAGCCUCGUAUUUCUGAAGAUGACACCGUGCUGAGCUCUCAACAGGCCCGCGGGGAACUAUCUGUACUGGCCAAGUCGGAAACGGCUGUGAACGAGGGCGCCGAUGAUGCGGCGUGGUUGGACACACAGCUGUCGAAGGAGGCUCUAGUCCAGGCAGAGUGUCCCAUAUGGGCCACCCUGGAGGAGAAGGCUAGCACACAAGGAUCAGAGCAGGUCUCUGCUUUGGAGCUAGACAGUGAGCAGAGCAUUCCUGGAGAUGUGAGUGCAGAGGAACCUGCAGCAGGUUCCCUUCGGGGGGGCCUUGAAAAAGUUACCGCCGUAUUUCAGCCAGCGGAGCCAGGGAUGCCAUUUGAAAGCGUGGUGAAUAGCGAGGUCAUCUCCCGGGGAGAUGGCGCCUCUAGUCCAUCCCCUCCAUCUCAGCCCGAGCUUCAGUCACCUGAGGUCUUUGCCAGAGACCAGGCAGCUGAAUCAGUUCUGCAGCCUCCGGCAGCGGAGGAAGCCAACAAAGAUAUAGCUACUGGAAACCCAGACAUCUUUACAGAGUUUCCAUCCGCUUCUAUGACUGAUACAGCCUACAGCUCCCUGGUGGAGCCCUUGUCCCAGUCAGACCAGCGUACUUCGCUUGAAACCAGUGCAUUUGUGGACGUGGAGCUUAAUAACGAGGGACAGGAAGCGUUUGCCACGGACUGUCCGUCUUCCCCUGAUGCCGAGAGACCGCUGUGGGCUGCUCUUGAGGAGAAAGCGCUGGAGAAGGAGGAGGGAAGCGUAGAUACAGCAGAGUCGAGGGACAGGGGCAGUCCAUUCACAGCAAAGCCUGUCUCGAGUGACGCCCAGCUGGCGAAGAGGCCAGGGGAGGCUCCUCUCAUGGCUUCUGCCCAGGAUGGAGGAGCCAAGGAUGCAGGCAUCAGUCAGUGUAGCUUAGCGCCAUGUCCUGCAGAGCUUCCAGCUCCACCUGAGCUCAUCAGUAGCCCUGCAGUGAGGGAACUGGCCCAAGACGCUCAUCCCAACACGGGCAAAAGGUCAUCACGGGCAGAGGUUACCACUGACCUCCAGGAGGGAGUUGACGGCAUAAGGCAAGACGGCACAGAUGAGCGGACAUCUCCCACCGCUGCUGACUCAGCUCAAGCCAAAGGUCGGCUUCCUUCCCCUGACGGAAGGAUCGAUGUGCGUGACUCAGAUGCCGACACGAGAGGGGAGCUUGUGGAGGAGCAAGAUGCACCUGUGGGGCUGGUGAAGACUAUAGUGGGUGUUUUGCACAGAGGUUAUGAGACAGUGGCAGCUAUGUGGCAGCCAACUGAUGCAGGAACAGUCACCAACAGGGCAGAAAUUCCCAAGGAUACAGACUCAAACAACUGCAGUUUCAGUCUGUUGCCCCCCUCGCCUCAACACAUGAUCCCAUCAGCCACGGCUGUCUGCGAUCCCGCGGAGAAGUUCCAAAGCUCAAGUUGGGAACCACGGACAACCGGAGGAACCCCACCGAUCGGUGAAUUAUCUUCUCAACAGAGAAUGAGCCUGGUGGAAAGCCUGCGAUUGGCUGCCUUGGAGGAGAGCACCAAUGAGAAGACUGAGGAGCCAGUUCAUGCUGCUGAGGCAGAGGCUGGGAGGGAGGAAACGGCAGGGCGGGUGGCAGAGACAGACGCGAUACCUUUUUCAUUACCAACAAGGCAGGCAGACUCCGAAGGCUCGAGCUGUGGGAAAACGCAUCCAGCGCUGAGAGAAGCAGGCCUGGAAGAUGUUGCUAUGGGAGCGCGCCAGGAGGUCGAAAGCAAGGAUGCUUCUCUCGUUAUUGACUCAAGUGAGGAAAAGUGUGUUCAGUCACAGGAGGUUUUUGCACUGAAGGCUGCAGUAGAGGAGAUGGAGUUUGAGGCAGGGCAGGAGGACAUGGGCACUGUGUGGUUGGCAUCGCUGUACAUGGAUGGGGGCUCGGAGACAAUGUCUACUACACUGCCCACAUCAGAGGGGCUGCAUGAAGGACAGGAACCGGUGCCUCAGGAAGUUAGUCUUGACAAUACCUACCAGAAGGUCAACCCAUUCCCCAAAGUGACCCCGCCUCGUCGUAGCAAAAAGAAAAACAACCUUCCCCCCCUUCAGGAAGUGGGCUCAAACAGGCCUGAUCCAGAAACUACUCCUGCUAAAAUGGCUCCACCACGACGCACUAAGGGAAAAAACUCUCCACACCUAGUUUCCCAAGAGCCAGGAUAUCAGGACAGCUCUACUCUGACUCCCACAGCAGCCAGUGAAUCCAUACCAUCCCUGCACAUUCCAGCAUCUCAGAGAUUUAAUGUAGGAGAUGAUCUGGAGCCGCCUGUCCCCACAUUGGCUUCAGGUCAGCCAGAGAACAUGCAGGUGACCCCCCAGGAGGACCUAGAUAUGGAGAAACAAGACACACCAGUGGAGACUGCGUUAGAAUCAGACGUGUCCGUGAAAAGCUCCGUGGUCCCGUGGCCUCUUCCCGCCCCUCAGUCUCAGGCCCAACUGAGCGAGGCCGUCCUCCACACUGCUCACAAGUGCCCAAGCAGUGACAGCAAGCUCUCCAAAGAGGAAAGUCUGCUUCUGGCCAGGAUUCUGCAGAUGGAUCUGGAAGAAGAGCCGCCAGACGCGCCGGUGGCUGCUCCUCGCUUGAGAAAAGUUUUGCGUGUCAAUCCUGACAGUUUAGCACCUCCUCACUCUCCCUCUCCCUCUGAAGCUGAGGCCCAUCUGCUUCCUGUCUCUGCCAGUGACAAGGUGGCACCAGAUACUACAUCCAAAGACCUGAAGCUGCAUCAGACAGUGCCCUCUCUCCGGGGCAGCCCACGGGAUGUUGACACAGGCUGCACUAAACAGGACUCUGUUCCUGUACCAGACAUGAAUGACAGUUUGACAGAUGCACAGGCCAAUUUCAGCGCUGGUGACAGAGACCUGGUUGAUAUGUCAUUGAGUGAAACUGUGGAGGACAAGAGAAGCAAUGAGAGGGACCAAAAGUCAACACAUGAUCUGCUCUUCUCUAUGGCGUUCCCACAAUCCCAAAGUGACGAUUCCGUGACCUUAGUCUCCUCAGAUGUUAUUAAGGAAGCCACCGUCACUGAAGCAAACAGAAUGGAUAUUGGAGCAAAUGGGAAUUUCCCAUCGGUAGAUUCCGAUGUUCUCCUUGUAUCCAGCAGCAAUGCAUCCGAGGGGAGCGAUGGCCAGCCUGCUCUUAUAGCCCCUCCUCCAGCCCAGAAUAAGGGGUCAUUUUUGGCUGGGAUGGACUGGGGGACCAGCGAGAGGAACAGGGAGUCCAAAAUAGAAACGGGAGUCACAGCAGUGAAAGAGGAAGUGACUCCAGUGGCAGGAUCCGAUGGACUGGUUCUGUUUACUGUAGAUGCAGCAUUUACUGCCCCUAAUGAUGGUUUCGAGGCGGAGCAGGCGAACAAGCGUCCAGUGACUGAGCCCGAUAGCCCCCAUCCUGUGGCAGCCGCCCCGGGCCCCGUCUCAGCCUGCCCCGAGCCUAGCAGCCAGUCCACAGCCAGACAGCAGGGGUCCCCCCCAACAGCCAACGUGGUGGCACCCCAUCGAAAAAGAAAAACCACACCGCCCCCAGAUGUCCCCAAAGUGGUACCUGCGACAGUGACAGAGGUGUCCAGCCUGCCGGCCAGCUCUGCUCUGGUGACCUCCAGCCAGUCGCUGCUGGAGUGGUGCCAGGACAUCACCAAGCAGUACAAGGGGGUGAAGGUCACCAACUUCAGCACCUCCUGGCGAAACGGCCUGGCCUUCUGUGCCAUUCUCCACCACUUCCACCCAGACAAGGUGGACUAUGACCAGCUGGAUCCAUACGAUAUCAAAUUCAACAACAAGAAGGCCUUCGAUGGCUUUGCCAAUCUCGGCAUCUCCCGUCUCAUGGAGCCGUCAGACAUGGUUCUGCUGACGGUGCCUGACCGCCUCAUUGUCAUGACGUACCUGUGCCAGAUCCGUGCCCACUUCACCGGCCAGGAGCUCAGCGUGUUACAGAUCGAGAAGAACAGCAGCCAGACCAGCUACGCCGUCGGGGAUCCCAAAGGAAGCACAGACCUGGAUACCGCUGCCCGCUACUGUGUCCAGAAGCUGCAGGCGAGCGGCGUCUCGCUGGAGACCAACGGGAAGGCUGCAGAGACGGAGCGCGAGGGUGAGGGGAGGUCCAACGGAAACCUGGUGGCGCCCCCGCGCAGCAGGCGCGUGUCGCGGCCGGACGAGAGCGGGGGCGGGGCUGCGAGCAGGCCGGAGGAGAAGCCGGCGCAGACCCCCCAGCCCCCGCCGCGAUCCCACGCCGCCUCCAGGUCCAGCUUCAGCCAUGUGAGGGACGCUGACCUGGUGAAGAAGCACCGCUUGCGGCACAAGAGCGAAUCCACCGAGGAAGCCGACCCAGCGGAGCAGCAGAGCGCCCCCCACAGCACCAGACGGGCCUCACAGGAGCAGACGGUUGCUGAGGUGAAGAACGGCUCCGAGGCAACGGCGGAAACGAGCCAAUCAGGUAGGAUCGGAGAGGUACCGAGAGUCCCCAUAGAGCAGGAGCAUGAGGAGCACGGGCCAGAAGAGGAGCACAAGCCCGGCGAGGAGGACAGUCUGCGUCUGCAGGACACCAGCCAGUAUGUCCUGAGCGAGAUUCAGGCUCUGGAGAGCGAGCAGAAUCACAUCGACAGCAGGGCUGCCGUGGUGGAGAAGAGGCUCAGGCGGCUGAUGGAGACGGGGAGCGACCGGGACGAGGAGGAGACACUGAUCCAGGAGUGGUUCACGCUGGUCAACAAGAAGAACGCCCUCAUCAGAAGACAGGACCACCUGCAGCUCCUGCAGGAGGAGCAGGACCUGGAGAGACGCUUUGACCUGUUAACCCGGGAGCUGAGAGCUAUGAUGGCCAUAGAAGAGUGGCAGAAGACGCAGGCCCAGCAGCACAGGGAGCAGCUGCUGCUGCAGGAACUGGUGUCGCUGGUCAACCAGCGAGACGAGCUGGUGCGCGAUAUGGAUGCCAAGGAGCGGGGGGCUCUGGAGGAGGAUGAGAGGCUGGAGAGGGGACUGGAGCAGAGACGUAGGAAAUACAGCCGCAAGGAGAAGUGCGUGGUGCAGUGAGUGGGCCAGGACCAGGACCAGGACCAGGACCAGGACCAGGACCAGGAGGCGAGUGACGCGGACGAUGACCAGCCAGCCCUAGAAGGAGGGGAGCCCACAGUUUAGACUCUCCUGCUGAGCUGAGGCAUUCUGGGAGAUAAGCCCAUCGUGACCAUAGCCCCGGGCUCUUAAUGCACAUCUGCUGGGUGCUCAAGGGUAACUUAACAUCCACUGCCAACUUUUUGUGACGCUUGUUUGUGGUUUUUUCAUUUGCCAGUGGACAUUCUUUGAGUGGAGUAUUACUAAUAAGCCGCAGUAAGUUUUUAAAGGAGCAGAAAGAAAAUUCUGACCAUUAGUUCUUUCCAAGGUCUACUAGGGGACUUGGAUAAGCGAUUCAGGUUCAGGUAAGACUGAGGACCUCGUAAUCUGGAACACCAGCAUGUCAUACAUAGCGUGGAUCAGGCACAGGGUCAGGAGUCUUUACUGCUGGCUACAGUGAUAUUUCUGCCAAAAAUAAUGUUUGUAAAACUGACCUGAAACUGGAGACAUCCAGGGAGCAGGGAAUGACGUAUACUUGGCUUUAGUUGAUUAAAUUCACCCUUUUCUCCAAGUGCCUUAAAAAGCUGCCUAUUCCUCAACUCAUGUGCUUUUCAUAAACCUUUGUUGUUGUAUGAGAGUGAAAUACUGAAUGGGACUGUUGAAUAUAUAUAUGUCUAGAGAUGGAAAGUUCAGGUGCAGAAAGUACAAAUCCAGACCUAGAUUUUGUUUCAACCAACCAGUUCUCUUUAUAUUUAACUGGUUUGUUGGAACAAAACCUUGACCUGGAUUUUUACAUUCUGGACCUGAACUUUUCACAUCUGUAUAUGCCAGUGAAGACUACUGCAACAUAGUACACUGCAGGGUAACCUGGACUGCAACACAGUACACAGCUGGGUAACCUGGACUGCAACACAGUACACAGCAGGGUAACCUGUACUGCAAGCACUACUGGGAGACUGUGACAUAUGUGUGUGGGAAAUUGAUGUGGAAGUGGAAAUAUGAGGAACUUAGUUAAACAAACCUUAAAGAAUCUUAUAGGCUAACUAGAAUUGAAUACUAUAAGUUAAUACUGAUAUGUGAAAUCUGUGGUGUGAAGGAUAUAUUAUGUGUGAAGUACACAGCAGUGUUUUUAAGGCAUGUUUUUGGCAGGUUUGUUUUAACUUAUUUUAUUUAUAUAUUACUAUAUAAGGGACCUCAGCCAGAGCCUUCUUGUGGAAGUGGUGAAAAGGAACGUGUAUUUACCUUGAUAUGAGCUCACAUUUAUGACAAAUCCCAUAAUCCUCUGCAAAAUAACUCAUGCUAUCCCAUUACAAUGGCUGUAAAAUGAGAGGCUGAUUACGUGCCAAGCUGUGCCUCCCCCAUGCCCCUUCUCUGUUGUCACCAAACAGAUGUUAAUCAGGUGCAUUCCCAUUAGUCAUAGCCCUUUAAUUCAGCCCCGCCCCCUGGUGUCAUUGGUUGUCAUUAUAUGAAUGAUCUUUUAGGUGAAAGCUAGAGCGAACACACUUUGGGCACUAAGAUCUCCAUUAAUUUGGCAGCACGGAGCUUGUCGGAAGUUGAGGGUGAGAGUGAUGAAUCUUAUACCUCUUUGCUAUUAUUACAUUUCAUGUGUUAGAAUAUAAUUGUGGUUUUCUGUUGUCCAAAAUACGGCCUUGCAGUGUGUUUCAGCCGUUACCAGCACCACCUUAAAAGACAAUGAAAACCCCAUAAAACCUCAAGCAUUAUAUUAAAAUAGACUAGGGACCCACUGAACUGUUUAACUGAAAAGGGCUAUUUAAGAAUGCUUUAAACACAUAUUUGCUUACUUUUUUAUCUCUCAUUUGGAGUGCUCUUUUCAAGUGGUACGUGCUUGCAUAUAUACAUUUCAACAAAUCAUUCGACUUCCUUAAAUGUAUUUGCACUGAAACUGUGUCUGUAAUUUUGCAUGAGGAAUAAAGCCGUUUGGAGGUUCUUUUAUUCGGAA